AUGAAGGUGAAUCCAUUCGUUUCCCGCGAUUCCGGAAAAAGCCGUAAAGCUCAUUUUAACGCUCCCUCCCAUGAGCGCAGAAGAAUCAUGUCUUCUCCACUCACGAAGGAGCUUCGCGCCAAGCACGGAAUCCGCUCCAUUCCAAUCAGAGUUGAAGACGAGGUCGUCGUUAUGCGUGGACGUCAUAAGGGAAACACCGGACGUGUCAUCAGAUGCUACCGUAAGAAGUUCGUCAUCCACAUUGACAAGAUCACUCGUGAGAAGGCUAACGGAACUACUGUGCACAUCGGAAUCCACCCUUCGAAGGUUGCUGUCACCAAGCUGAAGCUCGAUAAGGAUCGUCGUGCCCUCGUUGAGAGAAAAGCUGCCGGACGCGCUCGCGUUACUGGAAUCCUUAAGGGAAAGCACUCUGAUGAGACCGUCAACUAA